AUGAUGGGGCUGCUAGCCAAGACGCCUGCGGUGCUGUCGCUUAACGGACAGCCGCAGGUGACGCUACGAGUGGGAAAUGACGCGGACGUGGAGCAGACACAGCAUGCGGAUUACACGGUUUCGGUGGGUGAGCCGACGCUAGAGAUCAUGAAGGUGUUGGGGUCGCUUGUGCGACUACGCAUCUCGGACGGCCGCGUGAUCGUAGGCCGCUUUCACUGCUUUGACAAGCACCAGAACGUGAUCCUCAAGGAUGCGCGCGAGUUUGCACCCACGCGCGUAGGACUUGGCAAGAACAGCAAGGUUAAGGCGGGAGCCCGCGACCAGGAGGAGGAGUCGCGUUUUGCCGGCCUCCUGCUGCCCCCAGGCAGCCGCUCGCUCGGCAUGACGCUCGUCCCAGGCAAGCACAUCGUGUACAUGAAAGUGCAGAGCUGAGAAUGUAGACAGUCGAUUAGUCAGUGACUUUACAGAGC